UAUUGUAUGAAAUCAGUUCGGGAUCAGUCCUACAGUCAUGGCGUCCGGGAAGACGGUGGCUUUCCGCGCUAUCCGCGAAUAAGCGCCGAAAAACCCGUUUCACGCCACUUCAGCCGCCGCGCCGCGCGUUUUUUUCCAGCGGAAUAUCAUUUAAAGACACCCUCGCGGACAUAUCAGCUCACAGCGAGUGCUCAUUCAGCUUUUAAAGGUGGGUUUGCUGCAGUAUGGUGGAGCCAGAGGAGCGGCCCUCGGUGGCGGGGCAGAGACUCGGGGCACCUGAGAGUCUGGGCAUCAGCACACUGGAGCCUGGGCAGCGGCCCCCCACUAUGCCCCCCGGGAGACAGAUCUCCAUCCGUGUCCAGAUGCUGGACGACACUCAGGAAGUCUUUGAGGUCUCGCAACGGGCCCCAGGGAAGGCGCUGUUUGACCUGGUUUGUUCUCAUCUCAACCUCGUCGAGGGCGAUUACUUCGGUUUGGAGUUUCAGGAUCAGCGGAAAAUGAUUGUGUGGCUGGAUCUGCUGAAGCCAAUUCUCAAGCAGAUUAGACGACCCAAAAACAUCAUCCUGAGAUUUGUGGUGAAGUUUUUUCCUCCUGAUCACACACAGCUCUUAGAGGAGCUCACCAGGUAUCUGUUCGCUCUGCAGAUCAAGCAUGAUCUGGCCUGUGGACGCCUGACCUGUAAUGAGAGCAGCGCCGCCCUGCUGGUGGCUCAUAUAGUGCAGUCUGAGAUUGGAGACUUUGAUGAAGUGCAGUGCAAACAACAUCUGCUCAACAACAAGUAUAUUCCAGAGCAGGACACACUGAUGGACAAGAUCAUUGGAUACCACCGCAAACAUGUUGGACAAACACCAGCUGAAUCUGACUACCAGCUUCUGGAGAUCGCAAGGAGACUUGAGAUGUAUGGAGUGCGUCUUCAUCCGGCAAAAGAUCGAGAGGGUACAAGACUCAGCCUCGCCGUGGCUCAUUCUGGUGUGCUGGUCUUUCAGGGGCACACCAAGAUAAAUGCAUUCAAUUGGUCUAAAGUUCGGAAACUGAGCUUCAAGAGGAAACGCUUUCUUAUAAAACUACGGCCUGAUUUGAAUCAGAGUAACUGUCAGGAUACUCUGGAGUUUAUGAUGGGAAGCAGGGACUGCUGUAAGGUGUUCUGGAAGAUUUGUGUGGAGUACCAUGCCUUUUUUCGCCUGUUUGAAGAACCCAAACCCAAGCCUAAACCAGUUCUGUUCACCAGAGGUUCCUCCUUCAGGUUCAGUGGCCGCACACAGAGGCAGGUGAUUGAUUAUGUAAAGGACACUGAAUUCAAAAAGGUUCCCUUUGAAAGAAAACACAGUAAAAUCCAGUCCAACAGCAAUCUUUCUCCAUUCCCAUCCAGGCAGAGUGCUGAGGGUCAAGGAGAGAUGUUGCAGAGGAAUGCCAGUGCUUCAGGACAUCAGGCGGACUCGCCUCUUGGGCGCACUCAAGUGACUGUUGAAAACCCGGCUCUCCAGCGUUACACCGGGAGCCUAAACUCACAGACCAAUGGAUGUCGAAACGGGACCAGCGAUGAGGCGGAUGCUCGAUUAAAGCCGUCCCCAUCCAAACAACAGGCCGAGCAUCUGAGCACAGGUCUAGCAUCGCAUUCUGCCAAGGGUCCAGUGAGCCGCAGUCCUCAGCACAGCGAGUCUCCGUCUGCAGGACAGAUGAUGGUGAACGGCCAGAAGCAGAGUCUGAGCGUAGGCCAGAGUCCUGACGGACGGCAGCCCUCUCCUCUCACCAGCCCGCUACUAUACGACGCCGGAUUCAUCCGCGCAGACGACGAGGACGAGGUUCGGAGGAAGAGGUUUCCGACUGAUAAAGCGUACUUUAUUGCCAAAGAGCUGCUGACCACAGAGAGGACGUAUCUGAAGGACCUGGAGGUCAUCACUGUGUCCUUUCAGAAGGCCGUGCUAAAGGAUGAGGCCAUGCCGGAUUCAUUGAGGAAUCUCAUAUUCGCCAAUUUUGAGCCGGUGUAUAAGUUCCAUGAGACGUUCCUGAAAGACGUGGAGCAGCGACUCGCACAGUGGGAAGGCAGAUCAAACGCACACAUUAAAGGAGAUUACCAGCGCGUGGGUGAUGUCAUGCUCAAGAACAUCCAGGGCCUGAAGCUGCUGUCAAGUCAUCUGCAGAAGCACUCUGAGUCUCUGCUGGAGCUGGAGCAGUCGUGCCGCUCGUCUCGCCGGCUGGAGGUGUUGUGUCGAGACUUCGAGUUGCAGAAGGUGUGUUACCUGCCGCUCAACAUCUUCUUCCUGCGGCCGCUGCACCGCCUGCUGCACUACAAGCAGAUCCUUGAGCGCCUCUGCAAACACUACCCUCCGACACACGACGACUUCAGAGACUCACGAGCUGCGCUGGCGGACGUCUCAGAGCUGGUUCUUCAGCUUCACACCACACUCAUGAAGAUGGAGAAUUUCCAGAAGCUUCUGGAGCUCAAGAAAGACCUGGUGGGCAUCGACAGCCUGGCGGCUCCUGGACGGGAGUUCAUCAGGCUCGGCUGUCUCAGCAAACUCUCUGGGAAAGGCCUCCAGCAGAGGAUGUUCUUCCUGUUCAGUGAUGUUGUGAUGUACACGAGUCGAGGAUUGACGGCGUCCAAUCAGUUUAAAGUUCACGGUCAGCUUCCUCUCUACGGCAUGACGAUUCGGGAGAGCGAGGACGAGUGGGGUGUCCCGUAUUCAUUCACUCUGUUCGGACAGCGGCAGUCUGUCGUCGUCGCCGCCAGCUCAGCGUCUGAGAUGGAGAAGUGGAUAGAGGACAUCAGGAUGGCCAUUGAACUGGCAGACAAGAGCAACGGACCGACCACUGAGAUCCUGUCCAGCAGCUUCAGUGACAGCAAGUCUCCUGAAGACUGUAGUGCAGACCAGGAGUCAGAAGACGACCUCAGCUCCUCUCGAUCCUCUCUGGAGCGCCAGACUCCUCACCGUGGUAAUACCACGGUACACGUCUGCUGGCACCGCAGCACCAGCGUGUCCAUGGUGGACUUUAGCGUAGCGCUGGAGAAUCAGUUGUCUGGGAAUCUGCUGAGGAAGUUCAAGAACAGCAACGGCUGGCAGAAGUUAUGGGUGGUUUUCACAAACUUCAGUCUGUUCUUCUACAAAACACACCAGGAUGAGUAUCCUCUGGCCAGUCUCCCUCUGCUGGGUUACUCCAUCACCAUUCCCUCAGAGUCAGAAAACAUCCACAAGGAUUACGUCUUCAAGCUGCAUUUCAAAUCACACGUCUAUUAUUUCAGAUCUGAGAGCGAGUACACAUUUGAGAGAUGGAUGGAGGUGAUCCGCAGCGCCACCUGCUCCUCCAGUGUCCUUCGCUCCUCCAGCCGGAAAGAUCCGCUGGUGUACUGACCAAAAACACGCCUGUCCUCAAUCAGGUCCUCUCUCUAUCUGCUUCACCCCCCAUUCCUGACUCUAUUGACCGUCUCUGAAGACUCUGACGGGUUUAGAUGUGAAGUACAGCAGAAACACACACACACACACACACACAGACGUCAGUGUGACACGGUGCUUUCAGGAACACACUCAACAUGAAGAUGGUUAUGAAUGUGAAGUCGAUAUUAUUUGUGACAGUGCUUUUGUAGGUGUUUUUGGAUGCUGCGGUGAAUGUGAGCGACGCGGUGGUUUCCUGUUUUAUGAACUGUUUUUAUACGCAGAAACACCUCAGCUUUAUAUUAAACAUCAGAUUCAGAAUUCAGAAGUCGUGUUGAUGCUUUUCAGUCUUUAGACAAUGGAAAAAGAUGUGCAGAGCUUAUAAUUGACAGGGGAAAGAGAGAUUUUGUUGUAUGUUUUUUUAAGUUUUUCUUUUCUUAAAGGGACAGUUCACCCAAAAAUUACAAUUCUGUCAUUAUUUAAUUAUUGUGUUUCAGGAAAAACUUCUUUCUUUUGUUGAACACAAAGGAAGAUAUUCUGAAGAAUGUUGAAGAAAAAACAGAGAUUGACUUCUGUGAUAUUUCUUUGUUCCUACUAAAAAGCGAUAAAUUGAGGAAACCUGUUGCCUUAAAGUUAAUUAACUAUGCGCAUAAUUAUCCAAAUUAAGUUGUGCAUUUAGUUCAGGUGUACUCUCUUUAAUUAAUUAUAGUAACCAACUGCAUUUUGCAGUGUGCUUUUUGUCCAACAUACUCAGCUUGUUUAGAUGACAACAGAAAUGUCUUUUUUGGGGGGUGAACUGUCCCUUUAAGAGCGUAUAUUAACUGUUUGUUGUGUUUAAAGGAACAGUUCACUCAAAAAUGAAAAAAAAAAAAAACUAUUUACUCAAGUGGUUUCAAACAUUUAUGAGUUUCUUUCUUCUGUUAAACACUACAGACGAUAUUUUGAAGAAUGCUGAAAACCUGUAACCAUUGACUUCCAUUGUAGGAUCCACAGAUACUAUAGAAAUUAAUGGCUGUACUGUACAAAGCAAUUAGUUGACUAAACCUGUUGUCUUAUUAUUAAAUAAGUGAACUAUGCUCAUAAUUAUCAAAAUUAAGUUGUGCAUUUAGUUCAGCUAUUCUCUCUUUAUUUAAGUAACUCACUGCAUUUUGCAGUGUGCUUUUCUUCCAACAUACUCAUCUUGUUUUGUAGAUGACAACAGAAAUGUGUUUUAUUGGGUGAACUGCCCCAAUAAAAAUGAAAACAUACUAUUUAGUAUUUACUCUUCCUCAAGUGGUUUCAAUCCUUCUGUUGAACACAAAAGAAGAUAUCUUGAAGAAUGCUGGAAACCUGUAACCAUUGACUUGCAUAGUAGGAAAAACUUCUAUGGAAGUCAAUGGCUGUAUUGAGAAAAAAGCAAGUAGUUGAGUUUACUCUAAAUAGUGAGAAUCUGUUACCGUAAAAUUAUUAAAUAAAUGAACUCUGCUCUCUACGUCCAUUAAUUAUUGUAGUUGUUUUUGGGUGAACUGUCCCUUUAAGAACAUAUAUUAACUGUUUGUUGUGUUUAAAGUAAUAGUUCACUCAAAAAUAAAGAUUUUUUCGCUAUUUACUACUCAUUACUGCCCUUUAUGAGUUGCUUUCUUCUGUUAAAAACAAAAUAAGAUAUUUUGAAGAAUGAUACAAACCUGUAACCAUUGACCCAUAGUAGGAACAUAAAUACUAUUGAAAUCAAUGGCUGUUUUUCCAGCAUUCUUCAGAUUAUCCUCCUUUGUGUUUAACAGAAGAAAGUCAAAGGUUUGGAACAAGUGGAGGAUGAGGAAAUAUUUGUGUAAACUACCCCUAAAAUAGAAAAUAGACCAUCAUUCCUACUACAGUACAGUCAAAUAUUUGCAUAUGUUAGGACCAAUUAACUUUGUGUGUGUGUGUGUGUGGUGAAUUGAAUGGAUCUGGAGGUGUUUUCUGCAGUAUCUGUGUGUUGUUUGGGCUGAAAUGUUGAGCUUCUGGAUCUCCUAAAGCUUGAUCUCUGCUGGCCAGUGUUUCUACUUCACUCCUGCCCUUUUUUAAUAGGACGGCCUUUUUUAUACUCGUUUUUGAUAUGAACUGUGAACCGAUCCUGUUCAUUCUGUCCUGAAAACACGAGCAGUUUCUCUCUGAAGGAAGCGCUGCCUUUUCUCCAGACUGCUCCAGUGCCAAAAUGAUUCCUCUCCCCCUUUUUUAAGCAUUUUAAAUCUUUCUUAAUGCACAUAUAUAAAUAUAUAUUGAAACACACACAAUAUGGAUUAUAUGUUGGCGUAUGUUUGACUGUGUGACUAUGUUUGGAAUAAAUCCAUAUCUAUACUACAGUA